GAUCCUGCUCUUCUUCUUCACGAUCAGUGUCAUUGAACUAGUUUUGAUGGCUUUUAAGACUUGUGCUGGGAAUGGAAAAGGUGACAAGACCUCUUUGAUUCCACAGUCCAGAAGACCAAGCCUCUCCUCUCUGCAAAUACCAGCAAGGUCAAUAGAAAAUGCAUUAUCUUCUUCUUCCACAGAUGGUUCUACGCUGUCAAGUCCAGGUUCCACUAGAGGACUGCCACCGAGGCCAAAUUCAGCCAAAGUCAAGUCCUCUAUGAGAACUUUACUUUCUGAGAGGAGCUUUAGGGCCAAAACUUGUUCACAGGACAGUGAAAGGACAGUUCUGAUUGUUCCUUAUACUUUACCAUCAGAUGGUCCUAUGGAUAAUAAUAAUAAUAAUAAUAAGCCUUCAACUUCAAGGUCCCUUUCUCUUAACAAGAUUUUGUUCCCUUCAUCAACAAAAGCAGCACAUUCAUUGCCUGUUACUCCAAUUGCAAACUCAGGUGUAGAGAAUGUACAUGGAAGACACCCAGGGAAUGGUUCUGAUUUAAGUAAAAUGGCCGUAUAUCAGCAUAUGACUCGAUCGUUUUCAGUUCCAGUUAAUGUUAAAGCCACUAAUUUAAGGCCUACCGAUUCUAGGGGCUUGAUUCGUGUAAUUUCAGCAAGAUCACAUCUGGCAACUACUGAUGACAUUUCAACUUCCAAUGCUUUGGUGUCAGAGAUUGUCUCUGAAGAUGCUUCUGAGGAUAUUCCAGAAGAAGAAGCAGUUUGUAGGAUUUGUUUGGUGGAGCUUGGGGAAGGAGCGAAUACUCUUAGGAUGGAGUGCAGUUGUAAAGGUGAGCUUGCACUUGCUCACCAAGACUGUGCAGUAAAGUGGUUUAGUAUCAAAGGAAACAAGACCUGUGAUGUCUGCAAGCAGGAUGUACGAAACCUCCCUGUAACACUCUUGAAAAUUUCAAAUCCUCUAACUGUUGCUAGGCAGCCAUCGAGUGCACCAGCGCCACAGCAGAGAGAAAUAGCUUAUUACAGGAUAUGGCAGGAUGUAUCAGUACUUGUCUUGGUCAGCAUGCUUGCAUAUUUUUGCUUCCUAGAGGAACUAUUGGUUUCAGAUAUGGGCUCUCAUGCUCUUGCCAUUUCAUUACCAUUCUCUUGCGUCUUUGGUCUCCUUGCAUCUAUGAUUGCUUCAACCAUGGUUAGUGGCAGUUACAUGUGGGCUUAUGCUUGCUUCCAGUUUGCAAUUAUCAUCCUGUUUGCUCAUGUGUUUUAUACUAUACUUAAUGUCAAUGCCAUUCUCUCAGUUCUUCUCUCCUCAUUCACUGGAUUUGGGAUUUCAAUAAGCUUGAAUACUCUGCUUGUGGAAUAUAUUAGAUGGAGAACAAGAAGGCAGAUUCAAUCUUCUAAUCAGUAUGUUAACACGACGCAGCAGCAACACCAUGAUCGUGCUCAGCAGCAGCAAGAACAUCAAAGACAGCAUCAUCAACUGCAAACGCUGCAGAACCAACGACAAUAGCUCCUCCAGCAACAGUUGAUUCCACUGGUUGAGAUCAAUCUUUCACAAAUAUGAAGAAUUUUGUUGUCUCUUAUUUUAGUUCAGUUUUGACGCUACUCAGGUUUGGCCUUUCCACCUUGGUGUGAACCAAAAUAUUGCAGCU